AUGCUUGAUCCUCUUUCCAACGCAUGCCCCAAAACCGCCUUAAAGACGAACGAUCUGAUCACCUUCGCUCCACAUCCCAGCCCCUCGGAGACCGGGACUCUCGGCUGCCUCAAGACUAGCCCCAGACGGAGCCACCAGUCGCCAGUCGAGACGAGAGACACUCACCGGCCCAGCUGCCCGACCAUCAACGCUGGUCGAAUUGCCAACACCAUCCCAUCUGCCCUUCAACCGCCCACUGCCACGCCGGCUUCCACCUCCACGCCGACGCCGACACCGACGCCAACGCCAACGCCAACUCAGACGCCGACACCAACACCAACCCCGACGCCAGGACCAACAUCCACGCCUGGACAAGCGCCGAUGUCGGCACAGGCCGCCACACUCAGUCUC